AUUCAUUAUUAAAAUGGAUAAGUUCUGGAUUAAAAAUCCAUCAUGAUAAGAAAUAAGCAGUUGCCCUCUCCUAAAGGCCCCCCGCCACCCGAAAAGCGUCACGAAUUUCACUGGACGAAACAAGUUCGGGAAACAGUCGCAUCGGCUUUUCACGAUGACCUCGCUAUCACAAUCGAAGGGGGUGCCGACAAUGGCCAGUUUUGUUAUAUUGGUUUCAUUAAAGUUGAUAAGAUAAAUUAUCAUGGAGGAAAGCUUAAUACGGGCGACAUUAUUCUUGAGAUACAAGGUCAGAAAGUAUCAGGUUACACUCAAAGAGACGCUACCCUGUGGCUCAAACAAGUAAGCCAAAAUGGGGCACCGGUCAUGAUCAAAACAGUGCCAGCUACAGGUAAGACAAGCAGUAAGUUGGCAUAUAUUUUUUACAAUUAA